UUUCCCACCACACAUCCGUGUUAGGGAAUUGUUUUGAUGGUGGACGUCAGAUUUCAUGGGGAAAACGUUGUUUAUUUUCUCAGCUUUCUCGGUCAUUUAUCUGACGGCAACGUCAACAAUAUAUGUUAUUUGUCAGUAGGGGUUGUUUUGCAGAGUUAUAGCCAGCUAACUCUAGCUAAUGUAUCUCACGGCAGGUAACGUUAGCUAGCUAAUGUUAACUGUCAGUCUAGCUAGCUGGGUGAGUAGUUAGCCUAGCAUCGUUAGCUUGUUUCCAGCGACGCAGGCUAACAAAGCAGUCUUUAUUUUAAACGGCUAGCGAAUGUGUACGUUACUUUGUAGCUAUCUAACUAGCACAGCUGUGGUCCUUCUCUACAGCGUAUUUAUAUACAGAUAGCUAGCUAACGUUAUUUACCACUGUGUCUUGCCUAGCUUUGCUAACUAGCCAGCAAAAUGGGUUAGGUUGUGGUGUUGACCAAACGAAGCUCAGUUAUUGAACGUGAUUUCUAAACUGCCAAUCAUAACCAGACACCCCAGUUAAACCAGAAAUUUCUAGCUACCAUAUGGUUUAUCCAGCUAAUAUUAUCUAGUUAGCAUUGUUGUAAUCCAAUCAGGGAUCUUCCAAUAACGUCAUGCCAUGGUGCUAAGAAGGUUACUGAGAAAACGUUGGGUGCUAGGUGUGGUGUUUGGACUGUCUUUGAUCUACUUCCUAACCAGCACCCUGAAACAGGAGGAGAGAACCAUACGGGAUCGCAACCUGUUGGAGGCCAGGGACCCGGAUCACCGGAUCCCAUGGAAAGUCAGGUUCAACCUGGGCAACAGUAGCAGGCAGAUCACUCAGUGCCGGAACUCCAUUCAGGGCAAAACGCUGCUCACAGAUGAACUGGGUUAUGUGUGUGACAGAAACGAUCUGCUGGUGAAUGGUUGCUGUAAUGUCAAUGCCCCCAGCUCAAGACAGUACAUUUGUAAAAGCUGUCUGGCCAAUGGCUGCUGCAACAUCUACGAGCACUGUGUGUCCUGCUGCCUCCAGCCUGAUAAGCAACCUCUUCUAGAGAGUUUCCUGAACAGAGCUGCAGAUGGCUUCCAGAACCUAUUCACAGCCGUGGAGGACCACUUUGAGCUGUGUUUAGCCAAGUGUCGGACUUCAUCGCAGAGUGUCCAACAUGAAAAUACCUACAGAAAUCCACAAGCAAAAUACUGUUAUGGAGAAAGUCCACCCGAACUCCUGCCUAUAUGAUUGUUUGGACCUACGAUACUGUAUAGAAACUAAUAACGGUCCUCUGGGACCUACAAGACUGUAUGGAAACUAAUAACGGUCCUCUGGGACCUACGAGACUGUAUAGAAACUAGUAACGGUCCUCUGGGACCUACAAGACUGUAUAGAAACUAGUAACGGUCCUCUGGGACCUACGAGACUGUAUAGAAACUAAUAACGGUCCUCUGGGACCUACGAGACUGUAUUGAAACUAAUAAUGGUCCUCUGGGACCUACGAGACUGUAUUGAAACUAAUAACGGUUGUCUGGGACUUACGAGACUGUAUAGAAACUAAUAACGGUUGUCUGGGACUUACGAGACUGUGUAGAAACUAAUAAUGGUUGUCUGGGACUUACGAGACUGUAUAGAAACUAAUAACGGUUGUCUGGGACUUACGAGACUGUAUUGAAACUAAUAACGGUUGUCUGGGACUUAUGAGAAUGUAUAGAAACUAAUAAUGGUUGUCUGGGACUUACGAGACUAUAUAGAAACUAAUAAUGGUUGUCUGGGACUUACGAGACUGUAUAGAAACUAAUAAUGGUUGUCUGGGACUUACGAGACUGUAUUGAAACUAAUAACGGUUGUCUGGGACUUACGAGAAUGUAAAGAAAACUAAGAGUCCAACUAAGAGUCCAACUAAGAGCCAAGAGACACACCUUGAUACUCCGUGGGAAGACGGGAUUCCCCUUCAUCUUGUGUCGACAUAAUGGCCUUGAAACGUCUGACACCAUAUGGUGCUUAACAGAUGGGAGCCACCAAGAACACCAAACCCUGUAUAGAGGGGAUUUGACUGACAAUAACGGACGCCAUGUUGAACCUUUUGAUAAAGUAACGAGAGUAACAGUCUCUACAUAUGGCUCUGAAGAACACUAUCGUAACCUCACAACAAUGGACAAAUACUGUAUGUGAUAUAGCUAUAUUAUUUACACUUCAUAAGUGCAUAGCUUCAUAACUUCAUCAGUGAUGAUCAUCAGGGCUCAUUAGACCAGUUAGGAUUCACCUCAUGCUGCCAUUGUUCCACAUUAUGGUCAUGUUCAUUAGGGCACGCAACAGAAAAUGUUUGAGUCUCACAUGUUUUAGUCUGUUCGGUGCAAAAUGAACACGACCCAUGUUAUAAAGGUCUGUAUUUAAUGCCUGACGAUAUACUGAAGGUUGUUAUUGGUUGUUUAGUCCUUAUUGUUGAAUAUAAAAACAAACUAAAGAAUGUCUACUUUUGUGUGUAGUCGUGCAUGGAUAUUGACUGACUGGUUAUUUAAUAAAGUGACUGUGAAAGUUA